CGUCUCGCGGAGUGUAAACCGGAAGUGUGUGUGUGUCGAGCGCGCGGUGUGUUGUGGGCCGGUUGGCCGGUGAGAUCUCGAGCUGUUCUGUCGUGAUGAUGAUGAUGACGACGACCACCAGCAGCUGCUUUCAUUCAUAUAUCAGUGUGAGGGAUGUGCAGUGAUGUCCUCCAGUCAGGGCUCGUCUCCGGUCCCUCAGUCCAGCGGAGGAGACACCAGCGAUAAGCUCUUCCGCAAGCCCAGGGACCUGCCUGCAGCCUCCAGACACUACCGAACACCUCACUCCCUACCGGACGUCUGUCCCAAGGAGCCCACCGGUGAUGGACGUGCCCUCUGUGAUGGCCCGUCCGUGGUGGCCGACCAGCAUCGCUGGACUGUGUAUAACUCUAAAGUGAAUCUCCCCGCGGCCCUGAAUGACCCCAGACUGGCCAAGAGAGAAUCAGACUUCUUCACUAAGACAUGGGGCAUGGACUUUGCAGAGACUGACGUCAUGCCUUCAUUCUACCUGCCCAACAUCAGCCGAGAAGACUUCAGCUCAUACCUGCAGGACACAGCUCAGAGGGAGAAGAUUCACGAGCGCUGUAAGAAUAUCUGUCCGAACAAAGAUGAUCUGUUGGUCCCUACCAUCACAAAUAAUCAUGAUAAAGCCAGAGCUGAACUGGAGCAGGUGCCCAAGAUCUUCAUGAGCCCUGAGUUUAUGCUGAAUGACCCAGCCACCUUUAAUGCUGUGUUGCCGUGGUCUCACUUCAGCGUUGCCGGGGGGAAAAACAACCGAGAUGUUGCAUCAUCACGGUUACUACAGGAAAAGUUGAGUCACUACCUGGACGUGGUGGAGGUGAGUAUCGCACGACAGAUCUCUCUUCGCUCCGAGGCAUUUUUCCAUGCCAUGUCGUCUCAGCACGAGCUCCAAGACCAGAUGAGAGAGACGGCUGACGCCGUUGCGAAGCUUCGGGCUUGCACGGCCGCCAUUGACCGGGUAAUGUGUCGAGGGCCGUUACGUGCCCUGCGGGAUGCUCUGACCCGUAACAACUGUAUUAAACUACACAAUAAACUCAAGCUGAUGGCUGCGGUGCACCAAACGCAGCCCACAGUGCAGUUACUACUGUCCACCUCAGAGUUUGUGGGGGCACUAGAGCUCAUCGCCACCACCAAAGAAGUAUUGCAACAGGAACUGCAGGGAAUUCAUAGCUUCAGACAUUUGGGUUCUCAGCUCUGUGAGAUGGAGAGAUUGAUCGAUAAGAUGAUGGUGGCUGAUUUCUCCACAUAUGCUCAGAGUGAUCUCAAUCGACCCUUUGAGGAGGACAUUCAGGUCCUAGAGAAGGAUCGUUUGCAGUCUCUGGUGUUUGGUUUGUUGAGACAGAGGAAACUGGACUUCCUGGAUAUCUAUAGUGAUGAGAUGAUCCGUGCAGCCAAGAACGUCGUACGGCAGUGUGUUUUGAAUUCCGUGUCCCAGAUCAGUGAAAUUGAUCCAGACACUAUCAAAUUGCACGAGCAGAUGCGCUCGAUGACGCUUCAGCUGUGGUUUAAUCUUCUGAAGGAUAUCUUUGAACAUUUCAUCCUGUUCCUCAAGAGAAUCAAGGCCACGCUCGGCGUCAUCCGAAACGUCGUGUUGGAAGUGCUUGACAGCAGCCAGAGGAGUCGAUUGGCUGAUGUUUCCUCGGCAGUGAAUCAUUCUGAUGGCAGGGCCAAUGAGGAUGACGAGGAGGAGGAGUCAGGAGGCUCCGCCCUUCAUUCAGGAGAGGCGGCACUAGCAUAUCUCACUCACGAGGGGCUUUUCAUCAGUGAUGCAUUAAAUGAAGUGGAACAACGCAACAGCACGGCAGCACAUGCGCAUUUGAAAGCGCAGGUGCGUUUAGAGACCUGUGGGAGCGACUCAGCUUCCGCAACGACUGAAUCUUCCUCCAGCAGGGAACAUAACUCCAACACUACCUCUUCUUCACUGCCCAUAUGGGGCGCUGCUGCAAUUAGUGAGGAUGUGAUGCCAUCUGAUCUCGAGUUGGGUCGAGUGGCCAAUAACAUCCAAGAGCUGCUGUACACGGCGUCAGACGUCUGUCAUGACCGCUGUGUCAAAGUGCUCAUGACCCGAGCCAAGGAUGGCUCUCUGGAGCGCUUGAGUUCAUCAGAGUUUGUGUGUUUGAGUCAGACAGUCGAGACUUUCGCCAGAGACACUGAAGAGCUGUGUGGCAGACGCAGUGUGAGCCUGAGGGGGGCGCUACAGAGUCAGGCAAACCGCUUUGUACAGCGAUUCCAUGAAGAACGCAAGACUAAACUCAGUCUGCUGUUGGAUAACGAGAGGUGGAAACAGGCGGAGGUUCCUGCUGAGUUUCAGGAUCUGGUUGACUCCAUGGCUGAUGGACGCAUCACUUUGCCUGAACGCAAAUCCACAGGCUCUGAGGACAGGAAGCCCAGUGACUUCCUGUGUGUUGAUGGACAGAAGUACGCUGUUGUCGGGACGGUGCUGCUGUUGAUCCGGAUGUUUCUGGAAUACUGUCAGUGUGUGAAUGACAUUCCCUCCAUCACCACAGACAUCCUCACACGCCUCGCUGACCUGCUCAAGCACUUCAACUCUCGGAGCUGUCAGCUGGUGUUGGGGGCGGGAGCUCUGCAGGUGGUGGGACUGAAAACCAUCACUACCAGAAACCUGGCUCUGGUGUCUCGCUGUCUGCAGCUGGUCGUUCACUACAUCCCAGUGAUCCGAGCACACUUUGAGACCAGACUGCAGCCCAAACAGUACAGUAUACUGCGACACUUUGACCACAUGACAAAGGACUAUAAUGAUCACAUCGCAGAGAUCUCUGCUAAACUGGUGGCCAUCAUGGACAGUAUGUUUGAGAAAGUGCUUUCUAAGUAUGAGGUGAAGGCUCCAAUGCCAUCAGCAUGUUUGCGUAAUGUGUGUAAACAGAUAGCCAAAAUGCAUGAGGCCAUUAAUGAACUCUUACCACAGAAGCAGACACAGAUGCUGUUCUUACAGAUUAACGCCAGCUUUAAGCUGCAUGUGAAGAGACAGUUGGCGCGACUGGGAGUUAUAAAUGAUGGCGGACCCCAAUAUGGGUUGGUGAUGGUGGACGUGGCGUUUUACUCUGAGAACGUUCAGGCUUUGCGCGCUCUGGAGCGACUGGACUUAAACAUGCCUGAGAUCUGGGAGCAGAAGAGGUGAUGACGAACAGCUCCUCCUGGCCAAUCGGGCUUCUUGGCCACGCCUACCAUCACGGUGACCCCGUCUCGGAGGAGGAAGUGAGGUCGGUGGGGAACAGGAAGGAGCAAGUGGACAGACUCCAGGUGUUGUUUUUAUACCUCUGUGAAACUGGAUUCCUCCAGCGGCACCUCGCGCUCCGCCCGCCGCCUUCACCAAUCAGAACGCAAUUUUGUGGGCUCGUUAAACGUGGAGGUCGCCUGUGACGUAGAAACGUCUCUCCUAUCAGUUCGUACCCAGAAGGUACCGGAGACCAAAUCAGGACAAGCUCAUGUGAUUGACCAAUCCUGUCGCAGCUGGGAAUUGUGGGAAAUCAGUUUUGUUGUCUAAAGCAGAGACGCAUCCUCAGUGCCUCCUUCAGUACCGCCACUACAGUGCAAUUAUCCAUUCGUGUGCAGUUCUGUCCGAUUGUUAUUACCGAAUUAUUUAAUCACUGUUGAAUGAAACAAUGAAUAGUUAUUUAUUUAAAUGUAUAUGUUGUUGAUUGUUUUUUUCAGGUGAACUGGAGAACUUGUACCUAAAAAGCAGUUUUGAAACACUGACUUCCAGUUUCUCCAUUAAUUUAGCCAACAUUAUAAUGAUUUUUGGUUUUCAUGUUUGUUCAUUCAUGAUGGGCAAAUCAAUGACGUAUCAAAGCUAUGGAGAGGUUAAAGGUCAAGGAUGCUAGACCGAGGUAUCACGCAAAUCUUUCUUUAUAUGGAUCUUUUUUUUUUAUAUAUAGAUAUUCUCAUCUUCAAGCUGCUCAACAAAUUCAGAUAAAGCAUUUUACUGUUAAUCCGCAUUAGAUAUAUAUAUAUAUAAACUACUCAUGAUAUUGGCUACACUAGCUCCCAGUACCAAAAUAUAUUAUAAUAAUAGUAGAUGAUGGAACAGUCCUCCUAAAUCACAGUAAUUUGACAUCAAUGCAUGUAAAAUAAACAUCUAAAAGAUUCUUCAUAGCCCCUGUAUUAAACCUGGUUUCCUAGUUUAAAUCUAAACUCCAUAUAGAAGUGUCUUAUACGAUGGUUUUAGGUCUCUUUAAUGAAAUCUUCAUGAAGAAUCAUGAUUAUAAGUUAAUUCCCUUUCCACUAUAGUGCAUUAAAAUUAUUUCUCUGACUUCCAAACCCCAGUAUUAUUGUAAUACUGCCUCUUGAAGAGGUGUGUUUGUGUGUAUCAAAUCACUUAUUGUGUUGCUGUGGGCAUUUGUCAUUCAGUAAGAUCCAUGUUUGUCAGCAGACACCUUAUUUAAAACCUGUGCUGUCCCGAUAAAAAGUGCCUACCAAUUAUUUGAUAUCAAAGACGAGUACUGAUCAGCUGAACAGAUCAGAGAUAUACUGAUGGGGAAAUAUCAUGGCAUGCUUGACCAUUCAAAAUGUGGUACUUUUUAUUAUUAAUAAAGCCACAGUGAAAAUAAAUACCUGUUGUUCAUUUUAUGUAAUGCAUUUGAAUUAAACUACUGGACUUUUAAUCACUACUGGACUUUUAAUCACUUGGUACCACGAUAGUAGGCUACUCCAAAAUGCAUCAGAGAAAACCAUGGUAUUACAACUGCACAUUUCCAAAAACACGUUAAUACCAUGGUACUUUUGAAGUGUGUUAAUGCCAACGGCACAAAUUUUGCCAAAGGUGUGUAUUUUUGGGGGAAUUUUGAUAUUUCAACCUCAGUUCCUAUAAUACAUCUAUAAUACACUGUGUACACAAAAUAGUUACACUCAGGACCUUCAGGACAAAAAUGUCCCCAUUGAAACCCAUUAAAACUGCAAUAUUUGAUCCCAGUGCCAUUAAAGCAUAAAAUCAUGAAUUCUAUGAUAUUAUGCUUUCAUUCUGGAGCCCUGGCUUCAAAAUUUACAUUUGUAAUAUUUUCCACCAGAUGGCGCCAUUUUCCUCAUGUUUAGCCUAUGGAGCAAAUACAAGCUUUUCCCCUAUUUUCUGUUUGCUGUAUUAUAGAGCACUGCAGGACAACUGAAUAAAUGAUGCAGCUAAAAUUG